AUGUCAAAAUCUGUCACAAGAGUUGACUGUUUUUUGGAUUAUGUCAUUCAUUUCUCGAGGUUGUCCAACUCAGAUCCCCACAGAAUUCCUCUGUCUAGUUUCUCCAUAGGAGAAUUUCAAACAUUUAUUUACGCAGCAAUAUCAAUCUCAACAAUGUUUUGCAUCUGCUGCUUUGUUUUCUUGAAGGAAAUUGAAUUACUUAUGAGCGGAAAAAUAACAACAUGA